UCGAAAGGCUGGACGGAUUUCUGCGGACUCUGAGAGGAAUAGGCUAUUCAGAGGACCAGAAAGGAAAAUGAAAGAUGUUAACAUGGAAAUGAAGACGGAGAACUGGAGAACAUGCACACUCUGAGCAGAACACUUCUCAGUAAACUCAUCUGUACUAUUUUUAUUUGUAUGCUGAUCGUCAUGGAUUUAUUAGAAGUUAGUCUUAUUGUAGGCUAUCACUUUUAAACCAUUCAAAUUCAAACGGAGAUAGAGUUCAGUGUCCUUUCUAAAGUGUAUAAAAGUUAUCAGAAUCGAAAUCUAAUGCGAGAUGAUUGACUGAAGGACUCUUCUGGAAAGAGCUGCCGCGCGUGGAGAGUUCAGAGGAGAUUUACCGUCGCUCCGUCGUUUCAUGUGUUUUAAUUCACAAUAAAGAGCAGGACUAUCAUAUCAUCCACUGCAACACAUACGGAAAAUAGGCAGGAAAACUAUUGAUGAAGCGUGUAAGGUGUCGGACUGACCAUGAUUAUAGUGUCCGGUUCUGUUCGAGACUAACGACGCGUCCGUCUUCUGCAUGAGUCCGAAAUGAAGGAAAAGUCCAAGAAUGCUGCGAAGACACGAAGAGAAAAAGAAAAUGGAGAAUUUUAUGAACUGGCCAAACUGUUGCCGCUGCCCUCGGCCAUCACAUCUCAGCUGGACAAAGCUUCCAUCAUCAGACUGACCACAAGCUACCUGAAGAUGAGAGCCGUGUUUCCAGACGGUCUCGGAGAGGCCUGGGGUCAGUCAUCACGGGUCAGUCCUCUGGACCUCCUGGCCAAAGAUCUGGGAUCUCACCUGCUGCAGACGCUGGACGGGUUUGUGUUUGUCGUCGCGGCUGACGGUAAAAUCAUGUACAUUUCGGAAACAGCUUCAGUCCAUCUGGGUUUGUCACAGGUGGAACUGACUGGUAACAGCAUCUUUGAGUACAUUCAUCCGUCAGACCACGACGAGAUGAGCGCUGUGCUGAGCACACACCAGCCGCUGCAGCCACACUUCCUGCAGGAGCUGGAGCUGGAGCGCUCGUUCUUCCUGCGGAUGAAGUGUGUUCUGGCAAAGCGUAACGCAGGACUCACGAGCGGCGGGUAUAAGGUGAUCCACUGCAGCGGUUACCUGAAGAUCCGUCAGUUCGUGAUGGACGUGUCUCUGUACGAGUCGUGCUAUCAGAUCGUGGGGCUGGUGGCGGUCGGUCAGUCUCUUCCUCCCAGCGGCGUCACCGAGAUCAAACUCCACAGCAACAUGUUCAUGUUCCGCGCCAGUCUGGACCUCAAACUCAUCUUCCUGGACAGCAGGGUGGCCGAGUUAACGGGUUACGAGCCGCAGGAUCUGAUCGAGAAGACUCUCUACCAUCACGUCCACGGCUGCGACGUCUUCCAGCUGCGAUACGCACAUCAUUUACUGCUGGUGAAGGGGCAGGUCACCACCAAGUAUUACCGGAUGCUGUCCAAACACGGCGGCUGGGUUUGGGUGCAGAGCUGCGCCACCAUCGUUCACAACAGCCGCUCGUCUCGGCCGCACUGCAUCGUCAGCGUCAACUACGUUCUCACGGAUGUGGAAUAUAAAGAGAUGCAGUUCUCUCAGGACCAGAGCAGAUCCAGACCGUCUCUCUCCUAUAAGACCUCGAGCCUCGCAGCUCCUCAAGACUCACGCAAACAGCUGAAAGCCAAAGCAGCCAAAAUCAAAAGCAAACCCAAAGCAUCUCCAUAUCAUCAGACCUCACUGCAUGCUGAUAAACCGGAGAGUCCCUCGUGGAAGUCGGGCCCCUGCAGCCUGUCAUCCUGUCAGGAGCAGAGCCACGAGCCCGAGCCCUACACAUACACACACACACAGGCCACCCCACGCAUCCUCUCCUCGCUGCCGUCACGCCGAGAAGCUCCCUGGAGCUGCGCUGGAGCAAAUAAAGCUGCGGCACACCCGCAGACACCUGCACCCUGCAGCGCAUACUCAGGUUCGGUGCACGGCGGCUUCAGACCCAGCGGGGCGUUUAAAGAAGAGCCCUGUCAGAACCGCAGCAGCAGAGGGCGAGAGGACGAGCGGGUCAGACGGCAUCAGGAUCUCCAGGGCUUCGUCCAGCAGCAGACACAGAGACACAGUCCGUACGAGGACCGGAACGCCAGACUCUCGGAGCAGAACCACACACAGGAGAAGAGGCUGCUGGGGGCACAGAGCCCAUACGUCUCUCUCAACCUCCACCACGUCUGGGCCAAACACGUGCCAUCAGGACCCUACCCUCGCAGCCACUUAACGGACGGUUACCGGGGAGAGGAGGUGAACCCAUACCUGUACAGGACCCAAAGCCCCGCGGCCGACACACACUGUGUUCCUCAUUACAUCGGCACGUCUGUCAUCAUCAGCAACGAGAGGUGACCCGCUCAGAACCGCUCGCUUCUACUGCUUAUGCAAAACUACAGACCUUCUGUUCUCACACACACACACACACACACACAGCAGCGUCGCCUGAAGGAGAGUCGGGAAUAUAAUUUCUACACGAUGAGCAGCCGGCACAUCUGGAACUCAGACGAAGGAGAGAACGCGUUUCGGUCAUUCAGGGUCUCCAACAUGAACCUUAUACUUGCUGCACAUUAUUGUUCACUGAACUCAGAUAUGCAAGACAUAACCAUCCACAUGUUUUUGUGCCAACAUUUACAAAAUUAAAAUAUUUAAUCUAAUUUAGCCAUAGCAAAAAAAAGCAAAUGUUUCAGCAGAGGAUUUCUGUAAAACAUCAGCACUUAAAGCUGCAGUAUGUGAUUUCUGAGAAACGCUGUUGAAAGCGGAUUGGACAGAGCACCAAAUCACACUCGUAGCCAAUCAGCAGUAAGGGGCGUGUCCACUCAUGCUGGGGAGGUGCAUAGCAUGCGUGUGAAUUUGGGGGCGGAGCUAUCAGUUUAGGGGUGUUUGUUUUGGUGAUACAGUGUUUCUCAGAAAUCACUCUGUGUGUGUUCGGAUUGAAGCGGCGCUGCGCAGACCCAACGGUGUAAGACAUCAAAGUACCGUGAAAUAGAUCACGGUACAUACACACGUAUCUGAAGUGAUCGCCAUAGUGACAACAGCCAUUCACAUUACUUUUCCAGUGUUCCAAGAACGCCAUUGGCUAGCGUCUGCGCUAUAGUAUUGGCAAAGGUAAUCUGAUUGGCCGACGCCAUCGUUGGUGCUUAAAGUUUUUCACAAUUUUUCAACUUCUGCCAAAAGCAACGCCGGUGACGUGACGGAUCCACAAUUCAGUUCGGCAACACAUCACACCAGCCGCUUCGAGCCGAACACACCCUCUCAGUAAACAUGAGGUGUUUUCAGCCCGCGAGAGACUGUUAUUAACACUAUUAUUAGUGCAGGAACUUUCAUCUCCGACUCCUUCUGAGAAAAGCCCUGAGGCACGUCACGUUUGGAGAUCUAAUACUCGCUCUGUUUGUUUGUUGAUGAAGACUGCGGCGUUUUAUGAUUCUGAAGAAGCGCCAGCGGGCUCCGUGUCCGUCCCUGGGGACAGAAGAUUGGAGUCUGGUAUUAGAGAUGAUAGAUCUGGUUUGACCUUCAGGUCCCUGCAGCUGAAAUGGUUUAACAGGAUAUUGUGGAUGUGGCGUUUAUGGAUCUGAGGCGAGCUAUUUGCGUAAUGAUUUCUAAAGGUUGAGUGUGUAUUUACUCGGCGUCAUCAGUUUAAAAACGAGCCGAGCACUGGACCACCUGAAGAACCGUAGCAGAGAUUUAAUAAGACCGAUCUCUGCGAAUGUGAUGAAUGUGAGAAAGUGGGAGACGAUGAAUGGGUUUGUGAUGAGGUGAAAGAUCUCAGACCGUUUAGCGACGCUCGGAGGAAUAUUUUCACCUCAUCAAGACGAGCCUGAAGCACGAGGUGCAGAUGACAGAUGAGCUGCUGCUCAUAGAGGACGGAUGAAGAUGACACUGCCAGGAACC